UGCUAAUAGUUGAGGAAACCUGGCUAGAAUUACAGUGCAACAACUAUUUGUCAGCCGUAUUUCCCUGAGCAGGUAAUUUACAGAAAUUUGCAUUUCUUCACCUGUGAAGGUGACUAACGGUCCCUACCGCCCAGGCUGUUUGAGGAUUAAGAGACCAGGUCUUCCAGAGCCGCGAUCGCGGAGCUGGAGAGCUGGCCGGCAGCGUCACGUGCGCGGGGCGGGGCAGGCUCCUCGGCCGAUCGCACGAUGUGACGCGCCGCCCGAGGCAGGCCGGGCCCUCAAGAUGGCGGCGGGCGCCCAGAGCGGCUCGGCCCGGCAGUAGUGGCGGGACGGCACUCGCCGCUGGGGCCGGCCGCCCCGGGAGUGGCUGCAGCAGCACCAGGACUCGAGGAUGGUAAAAUGACCCAGGGGAAGAAGAAGAAACGGGCCGCGAACCGCAGUAUCAUGCUGGCCAAGAAGAUCAUCAUUAAGGACGGAGGCACGCCGCAAGGAAUAGGUUCUCCUAGUGUUUAUCAUGCGGUUAUCGUCAUCUUUUUGGAGUUCUUUGCUUGGGGAUUAUUGACGGCACCCACAUUGGUGGUGUUACAUGAAACUUUCCCUAAACAUACAUUUCUGAUGAAUGGCCUAAUUCAAGGAGUAAAGGGUUUAUUGUCAUUCCUCAGUGCCCCGCUUAUUGGUGCUCUUUCUGAUGUUUGGGGCCGAAAAUCCUUCUUGCUGCUAACAGUAUUUUUCACAUGUGCCCCAAUUCCUUUAAUGAAGAUCAGCCCAUGGUGGUACUUUGCUGUUAUCUCUGUUUCUGGGGUUUUUGCAGUGACGUUCUCUGUGGUAUUUGCAUACGUAGCAGAUAUAACACAAGAACAUGAAAGAAGUAUGGCUUAUGGGCUGGUUUCAGCAACAUUUGCUGCAAGUUUGGUAACCAGCCCUGCAAUUGGAGCUUACCUUGGACGUGUGUAUGGGGAUAGCUUAGUGGUGGUCCUGGCCACAGCGAUAGCCUUGCUGGAUAUUUGUUUUAUCCUUGUUGCUGUGCCAGAGUCGCUGCCUGAGAAGAUGCGGCCAGCGUCAUGGGGAGCACCCAUUUCCUGGGAACAGGCCGACCCCUUUGCCUCCUUAAAAAAAGUGGGCCAGGAUUCCAUAGUGCUGCUGAUCUGCAUUACGGUGUUUCUCUCCUACCUUCCGGAGGCAGGCCAAUAUUCCAGCUUUUUUUUAUAUCUCAGACAGAUAAUGAAAUUUUCACCAGAAAGUGUUGCAGCAUUUAUAGCAGUCCUUGGCAUUCUUUCCAUUAUUGCACAGACCAUUGUCUUGAGUUUACUUAUGAGGUCAAUUGGAAACAAGAACACCAUUUUAUUGGGUCUGGGAUUUCAAAUAUUACAGCUGGCAUGGUAUGGUUUCGGUUCAGAACCUUGGAUGAUGUGGGCCGCGGGGGCCGUGGCAGCCAUGUCCAGCAUCACCUUCCCAGCUGUCAGCGCACUCGUCUCCCGAACUGCUGAUGCUGACCAACAAGGUGUUGUUCAAGGAAUGAUAACAGGAAUUCGAGGACUGUGCAAUGGUCUGGGACCAGCGCUCUAUGGAUUCAUUUUCUAUAUAUUCCACGUGGAACUCAAAGAACUGCCAAUGACAGGAACAGACUUAGGAACAAACACAAGCCCACAGCACCACUCUGAACAGAAUUCCAUCAUCCCUGGUCCCCCGUUUCUCUUUGGAGCCUGUUCGGUACUGCUGGCUCUGCUUGUUGCCUUGUUUAUUCCGGAACAUACCAAUUUAAGCUUACGGUCCAGCAGCUGGAGAAAGCACUGUGGCGGUCACAGCCAUCCUCAUAGUACACAAGCACCAGGAGAGGCCAAAGAACCUUUGCUCCAGGACACAAAUGUGUGACGCCCGAAAUCAGGAAGACUUUUCUAUCAGCACCCAGGUCUUAGUUUCACCUGUAGUUGUGGAUGUACAUUCCAUUUCCAUCUACAAUGUACUUUUAAGAUUGUCUUAAGAAAUGUAUCUGCAUGAACUCCGUGGGAACUAAAUGGGAACUAAAGAACCACCACAGUUUUCCAAAGAUGUUACAGUUUCUUUUGAAAAGAAACCUUUUGUUUAUUAGCACCAAUUUCUUGCCACUAAGCUAUUUGUUUUAUUACACAUCCUUUAAUUAAAAACUAUAUAUGUAACUUCUUAGAUACUAGCAAUGUCUCUGCUACCAUUUCCUUCAGGUGUUGAGCUUUAACUCUAUUUAUGCUGACUCGCAGUGAGACAGAAUAGAUAGUAUACGGUUGUAGACCUGUUCGUUUUUAACAUUGUAAAACCUUGAGUCAGAUUUUAUUGUAAAAACUUGGGUCAAAUAAUAAAUCAAAGCCUUAAUGCAGAUGCACUAAAGGAAAGAAAUGGUAAAUGAAUUGUUUGAAUUAAAAAAACGCUUAAGAAAAUUGUACUAAAUCUGAAUCAUGUUUCAGGCUUAUUUUGUAGUAAUUUUAUUUUAAACAUUAGUCACUACUGUUUUUAAAUAAGAAAAUAGCAGCCAUGUAGAUUUUAAGUUGGGGUGUUUAGAGCCUGUAAAUCUACAUGUUGGCUCGAAUUUGUUCCCCAAUUACUUACACCACUAUUCUUUUAAUGUUUGCAUAAUCAUAAGAACCUCAACACUUGAAUACAUAAUCUAAAAAUUAUAUAGUAAAGCUGGUAGCCUUGAAAAUGUCAAUGUGAUAUCUAUAUGUAGAUAAAUAUAUAUAGUGGCCUUUCAGGACUGUCACAGUAACACUUUAUUUACAGAGCUAAUGUUUGUCCUAAAUUUUCAGGACCCUAGAAGAGAGCUUUAUACAAUUACUGAUGUGAAUUUCUCUAAAGUGUAUAUUUUUGUGUCCAGUUAUAUUAUUUAAAAAAGUGUUACUUUGUAAAAAUUGUACAUAAAGUAUUGUAUAGUUUCCACUGUUUUCAUCUUGUGUGUGGUUAUUGCUUAAUGCUUUUUAAACUUGGAACAUUCACUAUGGUUAAAUAAGGUCUUAAAAGAAAUGUAAAUAUUCUGUUAAUAAAAUUAAAUAUUUUAAUGAUUUUUUUUUU